AUGAGUUUGUCAGAUUUGAAGAACAGCAUCUUGGAGAAGCUUGGCGUGUUGGGUAGCAAGUGGGUGAAGAAACUAUUCUACAAGAUUCCCAUGGCGGUUGUCUCGACCGUGUUCAGUAUGAAACCUUUGCGGAGUUUUCCGGAGAUCAGAAUCCAUGAGUUGUUCGUGAAGUUGGAGGUUGGUGUUGAUAGUUCUGGGGCAUCCGCUCCAGUUCCUUGCCCAGCUUCCACGGGUGGUGCAUCUAGUUCGAUGCCUGCGGUCAGACCGUAUCUUUCGCCGGUUCAAUCACCUUCGUUUGUGGCUGAUUUAGACCGACCGGAGGUUGUUGGUUCUCUACCUUUGGAGAAUGCAGCAGUCAUUGAGCCUCCCAACGUUGUGGGCACCGGUGGUGGCCUCGUACCUUAUAUCGAAGACUUUGGUGGACCUGAUCAAGUAGAGAAUGCAAUGCGUGACGAUGAGUCUGACCAGGAGCCUGUUGAUAUCGAUGGUGACAGCGACGAUGACACAGGUGGCAAUCCACAUGCACAGCAUCGGCCUUCAAGUUCUGGUUCUCAUCAGUACCCUCCACACUUCUCCACACUAAACUUGGAAGCUCUUGGUCAACAGGAAGACAGUGAUGAAGCUGUGCUGAGUGUAAAGGACUAUAGCAUCCGGCGAGGUGUUGAGUACAGAGUCAUCGAAUCGGAUCAUUUGAAGUAUCAUGGAAAAUGCAAGGAAUUCGGCAAGGGUUGUACUUGGUUGAUUCGUGUAGCGCUUCGUGCACGAAAGGGGACUUGGGAGGUAAGGAGGUACAACGGGCCACACACAUGCCUCGCAACUUCUAUUUCAAGUGAUCACCGUCAGCUGGAUUAUCACGUUAUAUGUGCGAGGAUUCUUCCUAUGGUUAGGGCGGAUGCAGCGGUUACGGUAAAGGUACUUCAGCAAGCGACAGAAGCGGAUUACGGUUUCAGGCCUAGUUACAGGAAGGUUUGGAUGGCUAAGCAGAAGGCAGUGGCACAAAUAUAUGGAGAUUGGGAAGAGUCUUACGCGGAGUUGCCACGUUGGAUGCUAGGGAUCCAGGUGACAAUGCCGGGAACAAUCACGGUGCUGAAGACGUCUCCUGUUCGGAUUGGUGGUGGGGUUGAUGAGUCCACGGUGUACUUUCACCGGCUUUUCUGGACAUUUUCACCCUGUGUCGAGGCAUUCCGGCAUUGUAAGCCCCUCGUCAGUAUUGAUGGUACCCACUUGUAUGGGAAGUAUGGAGGGACGCUGCUAUUGGCGAUAGCUCAGGACGGAAACUCGAACAUCCUGCCGAUAGCAUUUGCCCUUGUGGAGGGCGAAAAUGCAGAGUCGUGGUCAUUCUUCUUGUCCAAUCUCCGAGAGCAUGUGACUCCUCAGGAGGGCAUCCUUGUUAUAUCAGACAGGCAUAAUGGGAUCAAGGCAGCGCUUGAGGCACCUGAGACUGGAUGGCUGCCUCCUCGUGCUUUCCGGGCCUACUGUAUAAGGCAUGUGGCUGCGAAUUUUGCCCUAACGUUCAAAGGUAAGGACUUAAGGAGGUUGCUGGUCAAUGCUGCCUACGCCAAGACUGAGGCAGAGUUUUACUACUGGUUCGACAUCAUGCGGACUGAGAAUCCAGCAAUGUGUGACUGGGCCAACCGUAUGGAGUAUGACAAAUGGACCCAACAUGAGGAUGCUGGUCGACGGUUCGGGCACAUGACCACAAACAUCAGUGAAUGUGUGAACUCCGUGCUAAAGGGAACUCGCAACCUGCUGGUCACAUCAUUGGUUAAGUCAACCUACGGGAGGCUUGCUCAGCUAUUUGUGGUACGGGGACAGACAGCAGAGGCACAACUCGGAUCUGGCCAUGAAUUCUGUCAGGCAUUAGUCAAGGCUAUUGAUUGGAACCUAAGAGACUCUAGGUGCUUCACUGUGACAUUAUACGACAGGCAUUAG